GCGGUUGUCAGGAAUGUUUACAGGAAACAUGGCUUCCCUGUCUGUUGGAGAGCUUCAAGAAAUGGAAGUGGACCGGAGGGGUGAGUCUGAGGAGUCUGGUGAUGAUGAGACCAGGAGGAGGAGUAUCAAUGGCGAUGUGGACCCCAAUCAGCCCGCUACCACAAGUAAAGAAGAGUCUCCAGUUGACAUGGACACCAUAACCCUGGACCCAGAGGAAGAGGAUGUUGAUCUUGUUCAUUGUCGUAUUGGGAAGAUUGAAGGAUUGGAGGUGUUACAAAAGGCUAAAACACUCUCCUUACGACAGAACCUCAUCAAAAAGAUAGAAAACCUUGACAGUUUGAGCUCACUGAGGGAACUAGAUCUCUAUGACAAUCAGAUCCGCAAACUGGAGAACCUGCACAACCUCACAGAGUUGGAGCAGCUUGACGUGUCCUUCAACAUUUUGAGGAAGGUGGAGGGUUUGGAGCAGUUGACUCAGCUGAAGAAACUUUUUCUUCUUCACAACAAAAUUAGCAGCAUUGCCAACCUGGAAAAUCUCAUAGGCCUGGAGAUGCUGGAGCUGGGCUCCAAUCGCAUCCGGGUCAUAGAGAACCUGGAUACACUGGCGUCUUUGCAAAGUUUGUUUCUUGGCACCAAUAAAAUAACUCAGCUUCAGAAUCUGGAGGGUUUACACAACCUAACUGUUUUAAGCAUUCAGAGUAACCGUAUUACUAAAAUCGAGGGUCUGCAGAACCUUGUCAACCUGAGAGAGCUGUAUCUGAGCCACAAUGGCAUUGAGGUCAUUGAGGGCUUGGAGAACAAUAAAAAGCUCACAACCCUGGACAUUGCUGCCAAUCGAGUAAAGAAAAUUGAAAACAUCAACCAUCUGACAGAGCUGCAGGAGUUCUGGAUGAACGAUAAUCAGAUAGAUAACUGGUCAGAUCUCGAUGAGCUGAAGAAUGCCAAGUCUCUGGAGACGGUCUAUCUUGAAAGAAACCCGCUACAGAAGGAUCCACAGUACCGGCGAAAGAUCAUGCUGGCGCUGCCCAGUGUACGCCAGAUCGACGCUACCUUCAUCCGCUUCUAAACUGCAGUAUACAACUCACCUGCCAACUUCACAGUGUUCUCCCUCACCUCCCUCCCUCCCUCCCUACUCUGCCUACAGAAACAAACUUCAUUUUAAAACACAUUGGCCUCACUGAAUCAUAUAGUCACUCCAUACACAAAUGUACAUUCCAACAUGAAACUCACCCACAGCUCACUCAACAUACAUGUAUGCAUGUAUGCACUCAUUCACACCUUGAUCUAUGCUAUUGUGUGAAAGCUUUAUUUAUUUAUUAAGCUGGAUAUGAACUGUGAAAGUACCCGACUCCCAUUUCCUCAUUUAUCCUCCGCACUUAUUUUUCUUUUAUUGUUUUGCAUGUAGGACACAGUAUGGAGACAUCUUCUUUCCUCAAUCAUACAGUGACCAUCAGCAAAAUAAGAAAUUAAUCUCAUUUAUCACGUUGUUGAAGUUGCACUGCUAACAUAAGAGAGAAAAGGGUGGUAGUCAUAAUAUUUGAGGGACUUUGAGAGUUUAUUCUUUUUGGUUGUACAGGAUGAGACUGUUCUUACAAGGUACACAGUGAGUAAAUGAACAACUAAGCAUUGACAUUAAAGGGAAAGCCCAUGAAAAAAUAGAAUUUAUAUAUUUAAAUCUUCACAAUACUACUUAUUGUCUCGUUUGGUUUAUCAUGCUUCAAAACUGCCCCAGUUAUCAAACUUGGCAGCCACAGAAACAUCAAAAAUGAAGCCUAAGAUGCCAUACUGACGCCAUGCAGUUUGAAGCAGUUUAGUUAAGUGGCACUUACGUACAUCAAUCUUUUUAUGGAAAACAUAUCAGUGGAAACUGAUGAAUCAUUUUAAUAAACUGGUAUCGUGGGCUCAUUUUGAUGUCUAUUCCUUGUUCCAGAUAUUUUACAGCUCAUAGGCCAAUUUUCAGAUUAACAAGACUGACAUGUGCAGUAAAAUAAAGCUCAUUAGAAUGUGAAGUAAUUUAACGCGUUUAUGAAGAUGGUUUUGUAAUCAUUAGUACAUCACCCUUUUUUUGUUUGUUUUUUUGUUUGUUUGUUUGUUGGUUUGGCUGUUUUUUUUACCUUGAAUACAUCACUGAUUACAGCCUUGGUUGUCUUUUGAUUUUGGGAAGCUUAAUUGAUUACAGUAAAAUGUAGAUUGUUUUUGAAGUAAAUUUGCUUUCUAAGGGGAGGACUGGUCUCACGUCAGUGAUGUUAACUAAUGUAAGAUAAAUUACUUCAUGCUGUUGGCACAGACAAUUUUUUUAACAUUUUGAGAUUUACUGAAGACACUACAGUGACACAUUCUGUAUUAUUCUCAUUUGACCUUUGAUAAUGCUUAAAAAUAAGUAUUUAUUGGCCAUGUUUACCACCUUAAACCAAAAGUAAAUGACUUUUUCUUGUGAUCUCUUGUAUAUAAUGCUUGAGUGCACUUGAUUUAUUCCCUUUUAAAAUUAAAAAGUGAUGCAUCUUUUAUAUGAAACUAAUUUCCCACCUCAGGGCUAAAAGGUCUCAUGACAAAAUGGUGCAGAUUCCAGCGCAUCACUGCAUUUACAUGGAGAGUGCUAAACUAAGUGCUUUCUGUGUAAGAUACAGAGCGUUGUGUAAUUCAUUUCAUCUGGGUUUGUAGCGGGCCCUCCAAUUGUUAAAUUGGGCCAAGUUAAUACUGAAUCUCCCUUUGCAGUUAAGAAAAGAACUUCCUGGUUUGUAUCAUAGGUUUCUAUAGCUGACCGUUUGUUCUUCGUCAAAGAAAUAGAAAUUGUGGUACAAACCUUUUAAAUUCAAUGAUUACCAUAACUCAGCUGUAGAACAUUUAUGAGCCCAUAUCAGACCAUCAGCAAAACUGAAGAACAUUGUGCAUUAUUGAUAUGAAUGUAAUGUUAUUUUAUAUUCAGCUUUAACAUAAGUUACUUUAUAAUUGGCCAGUGGGACUGGAAUUGUCACUUUGUGUACUUGUAAAUAUAGUUUGGACAUCUCAUGUAGAAAAUCAGUGCCAUCAUCACCUUCCCUUUGUAAAGUGAUAUUGUUUUUUCUUGUUUGUGCCGCAGCACACAACAGAUCUGUGUGAUAUACUGUAAUGAAGAUAAGUUGACCUCUAGUGGUCAUUGAAUGAGCAAUUACUCCAAUUGCUAUUAGCUCACUGUUGUUAGAACUGAGUCUUCAGGUUUUGGACUUGGUUGAUGCUGUUUUCAAACUGAAUGUAUUAUGCAAAUAACAAUAAAAUGACACUAGUUAAAUA